AUGGUGAAGUUGGACUUGGCAAUGGUCAUGGGGGUUGCUCCGGCGCUGGUCUCUUGGUGGCGAGGACACGGGCCGUGGCUACAACCUUUAGUGACGACCUCACCGUGCUUAGAGAAACCACCUAAAUCGUGGCCAACGAGGCGGUCGCCCUCUUUGUCUGAUUGUUUGGCGAGCAGCGAUGAGGAUUCUCCUCGGUCUAUUGUCUGCCUUGUUAGGCCCAAAGCGGGGACGACGUCAGCUCACAUGACGACAGAAUACGCUGCUGGUUCAGCUCAAGUGAUGUUCGUCAUAGUCACAUAUUAA